AUGGUGAAUUUGGAUUACUGCAUACAAUGUGGUUUUGCAGUAGUAGUUGAUAGGAGUAGUACAAAGAGGUUCACUGCUUCUUGUCUUGAUUUACAUUAUGAAUGGCGAAUUCAUUCAAGCAGGCUAGUACAUGGAGUUACUUGGGCUAUUAAGAGCAUUAAGAACUUUGAACACACUUGUAGAGGUCUUGAUGAGAGGAAUCCUUUGGUGGAUGUAAAAUGGGCAGCAGAAAAACUCAUGGAAGAUAUCAGAGCAAAUAAUGAUAUAUCUGGAAAGACAUUAAAUGAACUUCUUUGGAGUAGAUACGGAGUUAAGAUGGCAACCAGUACUCUAUACAAGACGAGAAGGGUAGCUUUGAGGGAAAUUAAUGGAGGUCAUGACAGUUCAUAUGGAUAUUUGCCCAAGUAUUGUGAGAUGGGUGCUAUUGAUGGUCUUGCUACAAGGUGUAGGAGCCUAAUUGGGGUUGACGGAGCUCACUUGAAAGGAAAUUUUGGUGGGGUGCUUUUGUCUGCAGUAGCCUUAGAUGGAAAUAAUGAAUUGUUUCCAUUUGCAUGGGCUAUAGUAUCUAGGGAAGAUGGUGAUAGUUGGAGGGGAAUAGAUGUUGCAUUAACUGAUCAAUGGCCAGAAGUCGAUAGGAGAUAUUGUUGUAAGCAUUUGGUGAAAAAUUGGAAGAGUUCAUUUCCCGGACCACUAAUGUAUUCAUUGUUUUGGCUAGCUUGCAGUGCCACUUCUCCUUUCACAUUUAAAAAGGCAAUGGAAAGAAUUCAGAAAGUUAAUCCAGAUGCUUGUGUUUGGUUGUCUAAUUUGGGGGAUCAGUCAAGAUGGACAAGGCAAAAAUUUGAUCCCAAAAUUUGCAGUGAUGAGAACAAGACAAAUUUUGUAGAGAGUUUAAAUGCCACUUUGGGAGUGGAUAAUGCAUGCCUGUAUUGA